AUGGCAACACCAACCUCGAACCCUAACCCCGAAACCACCGCACCAAAACCCAUCGUCAACAUAGACGACACGGCGGAGCUCAGGAAGGUCUUCAACCAAUUCGAUGCAAACGGCGACGGCAAGAUCUCAGCUUCUGAGCUCGGAGAAGUGCUGAAAUCCAUGGGGUCCUCCUACACCACGGAGGAGCUCCGUCGCGUCAUGGAAGACGUUGACGCCGACAAGGACGGGUACAUUGAUUUGGCUGAGUUUGCCCAGCUGUGUCGAUCCUCCUCCAACGCUUCCGCCGCCUCCGAGCUUAAGGAUGCGUUCGAUCUGUAUGAUCAGAAUGGUGACGGGCUGAUCUCCGCGGCGGAGCUGUACCAGGUGCUGAACCGGUUGGGGAUGAAGUGUAAGGAGAACGAGUGCAUAAAGAUGAUUAAGAGUGUUGAUUCUGACGGUGAUGGGAGUGUUAAUUUUGAAGAGUUCCAGAAGAUGAUGGCUGCUAACAUCAACAAAGGAUCUGCUGUUGUGGGUCCCUAG